AGCACUUCUAUGAUGAAAGCGAAUACGGCCACGACUCCUAAUGGGGCAGAAAAGUCUGAAGAUGGUGAUGAAAAUGGAAUCGUAGCUGACGUCCUUGUGAGCGCAAAGGGCAUUACUUCGCCUCAGCCUAAGGUCGCAGCCGUGUCGCCAAGGCGAAAGGAACGUUUAUUGCGCAAGGGCGCGAGUACUGAGGACCGCGGAGUACCUGUUAAAGAAACUGAAGUCGUCGCGGAUGGUGACAUUCAGACUGACGAGUCUUCUAUCACCACUGCCGAUCCUUUCGCGGCGAGUCAAUCUUCCUCGUGUUUCAUGGGAAUACAGUCGAUGGUGCGGCAAGCGAUAGAGGAGUCGAAGACACCAGGGCAAUCGGAUGUCGUUGCGGCGGAAGAUAUGGCUAAAGGGGUCGUGACAAAUGGCAUGGAUGCAGCUGAAGAAAAUGCAUUAAUGAGAGGUGACUCAUCCGAACGAAUCAUUGCGACGACCUCGGCGCCACGCGGAAAUAAAGUUUCGGCGGUAACUGGAAAGAGAAAACCGCAUACACCUGUCGUAACUCCUAAAAAAGCAAGUGGUAAACCACAGAAAUCAGAUGCUAGUGCCGAUAAGCAGCGAAAAACACCAGAUACCAAAAGCCAGACACCGGCUCCAGUUCCAAAAGCGAUCGGUAAUAGCAGAGCUUCGAAAUCUACUCCGGUACCAGAAGCCCCUGUGGUCAAACAACCUAUUGAAAAACCAGACGAGGCAACCUCCAAUCCACAGCAGCGGAAGAAGUUCGUGCGUGCUCCCAGUGUGACCAAAAAUCCAAGCAAUUGCGGUAAAGAUGAGACGCAAUCGACUGCGAAAGCUAGGAACGAGAAAAUGGAAGAUGUUCAAUCCAGAAGGCAUUCGGUUCGUGUCCAAUCCAGAAGCCCGAAACGACCGGUGGUAUCGAUUCGUAGCGACAAAACCAGAAGGGAAAAUCAGAAUGCGAACAAGGGUAAGAAUUCUGUUAAGAACUCUGGUAGCGGAAAACGAGAUAUGGAAAAAGUCGCGAAAAAGUCUGACACGCUGACUGGCAGGAGCAACGGGGUCUCGGAGAAGCCGGAAAAGUCAGAUUCGCUGAUUGACAUUCUGGACGACUACUUUGCGUUGCCGAAAAGAGGUACUUGAUGACUUUCAGUAGAGACAUACAUCACUUUUUCUUUUUUCAAAUUCUGGAUUUUGGUUCUAGAUGAUCUAGGAUGUAAAUAUGAGUAAGAUAGCCAUCGUCAUGCUCAUGUACUGUGAAAGUAAAAAAGAAAGGCAAUCGGCUGUAGUCUUGAUGAAAUCUCAGCACCCAGGUGGCAAUGUGGAGGAGAUCUCAGAUGUACAGGUCGAGGAGCAACUUGAUGCGCCAUUGAAGUUCGAGGUCGACAGCACUAAUCCGAAGGAAGCGCAGUCUGUCAUUGCCGGCAAGACUCAGAGUGCUCCUGAUCACGGGACACAGGAAUUGCCUUCUGCUUCGAAGACGAAGAUAAGCAUCGAUAGGAAACAAGAAGCAAACACUUCUAAGGACGUGCCUGCUCUUCAUACAGCAGAAAAGUGUCUCCCGGGUGAACACCAGGAGAAAACGAUUACAACCGCUCUGCCUCCUCGUAGGAACAAAGCAAAGGACGGCUACAACGUUCCGCAACCUGUGCUGUCAGAGGCGAGCGUGAAGCUGAUUGCCUUGCGUGGAGUAUGGAAGCCGGACGCGCGUUUGAUUGACGAGGAUAAAAGAGAAACGAAUUGUCAAAGGUAUAUCCGUGCACAAACUGCCGACGAUGAUGUAGACUGACGAAAGGGCUCAGAGUAGUACGUUAGUAGUCGUAGAGAGUAGUACUAGAUGUGUACGAGAUAUUCAAACUAUGCUCGUGAAUGAAUGGAAAUCUCUCUAGAAAAAAUGAUGCACUAUUGAGCCUGUACAUAAUGGUUUUGAUAAAUUUUGUAUACGAUUUUGCACAGUUGGUUGCUAUUGGGUUUAGGGUCUGCGGCCCCUUGAGGUUUAUUUAUUCAUGUUGAAAAUGCAUUUGACGGUAUUGAUCUACCGACGCCCAAUAUCUUGACUUUAAUGUGAUCGCGAUUUAUAUUCAGUGAGUAGCAGAUAGUAACAGUUAUUUUUAAAACAAUUUUUGUUUCUGUGGACAGUACAGAGAGUCACAUAAUAAGCGAAAUAGAAACCCGUAUACAUAUAAGAGCGGCGACUCAGAAAAUCCAGCACCCACAGACAUGGUGCCAGCUCCUCGUUCGCAAAGAGCCGCAUUUUUAGAAGCAACAGGUUCAACUGGGGAUAAGAUUCUUGUGCACAGAUAGGAGCGAAAACACUAGAUUUAGCUAGAUGGAAAAGAUCAGAAUGCGUACCUGAGAGUGUAACUUACUAGUCCGAGAAGAUAUUUGCAUUGUCUUUUUAAAACAUAAGGCAAUGGCAUGGCGAUUGUGAUAUUCUCGACGGCGCACUGUGAUAAUGUCUCUACAAAAAACAUUUAUAGCUCGUCCUGCUGAAGCUACAACAGUUCUGCAGAAGCUAAGGUCCUUGGUAAUUGUGAAG